AUGGAUCAGCCAGCGCCUUUUCAAGUAGAGUCCCUUAGCAAAGGUCGUGGCAUCUUCUCCACCAAAACCUUUGUUCCAGGCGACAUUAUCCUUCCAUUCACACCUACAAUCCUCAUUCCCUCGCUCUCCCACAUAAACACAGUCUGUAGUCACUGCUUCAAACAGACAGAAGUGCGCUCCUGUUCCAGAUGUCACGCCGUGUCCUACUGUGAUGCCGCCUGCCAAUCGGCAAACUGGACAGCCGUCCACUCCAAAGAGUGCAAGGUUCUACGCAAGGUCACGGAACAAGGGCGCCCAGGACUUCCGACACCAGUACGUGCCGUCGUUCAAGCUCUGGUGAAGCCUGAGAUUGGUGCUGUGUUGGAGGGCCUGGAGGGGAAUGUCGCGUCUUGGAGGAAGAGUGAGAAGUGGGCGGAUAUGGAGAUGAUGGCCAUGGGCGCGAGUGCUUUUGCUGGGCUGGGAACUGGUCAAGAGGAGGUGCAAAAGGCAUUGACACUUCUCUGCAAAAUCCAAACAAAUGCCUUUCACAGAUACGACACUGAUCUGGGUCAAGUGGGCAUUUUCCUAGGACCAAAGCUCGCCAUGGCGAACCACUCCUGUAUCCCAAAUGCUAUGGUUCAAUUUGUUGGCAGAAAAGCUAUUCUAAGGGCAGAGAGACCAAUUACGGUUGAUGAUGAGAUCGAAAUCUCUUACACAGAUUACACAUUCCCUCUGUCAAAGCGAAAGCAGGCACUCGCACCAUACUUCUUUGACUGCAUGUGUCAAAGAUGUGAGAAGGAUCUUAACAUAUACCAAGUAUGCGCUGAUUCACCCAUUAUCGACAUGAACCGCCAUAGCCUGGCAGCGGAUAUUGGUAAACUUGCUCGACAUCCUGUCGCAAUAAACUCGAGCAAGAUUUCAGCAGCGAGAAGAUACAGCGAAGAACUCUCUGGACUACUGGAUGAGAAAGAGUCAACUGGCUCACUGGAAGGCCGUCGAACAUCUUUGCGUAUGCGCUACCAACAAUGCCGAGGACUAGUCGGUGAAGAGAUGUGGGCUAUAUCACCACUCGCUCAGCUGCUGUCAGAGAUAUCGAUUCUACACGCCGAAGAGGGCAACUUUGUGUACGCUCUGGUGACAGCAUGCUUCAUAGCAACAUCCUGCGACCCGUACCGACAUGUUCUACCAUACCAUCCAAUCCGCAUCAAGGGUCUGUUACUCGUCGCCAAACUUCUAGCCAACACAGCAGCAGAUACAGCUUCUCUCGGAAACUCGCAGGCAGUGGCAUUCAAGGGAGACUUUAACCAAAGAGCUCUGCAGACGCUUCAGGAGAUCGACCAGGUGUCGCUGUGCCAGAUGUUGCUCAUGAUGGUUCUCAAGUCUGUUCCCAGAGGCUAUGUGCAAGAAUGGGAAGUCUCAAUCACUGCCAAGCAGAUGUUGGAUGAGAUAAACCAACUGCCAGGCAGAGAGCAAGAGUUGACACUGAUCGAUGCUUGGAGAGAAAAUCCUGAAGCUGAUCAAGCAAAGGCCUUUUUCGAAUAUGCUGUUGUGAAACAGGUUGAUGCCCUGGCUAAUUUGGGGAUGGAUGUAUUUAAGAUGGAUUUUGGGCAGUGA